AUUCCUUACGAAGAAAAAACUCGUUCAUUCUGUGAAGAAUGACGAAUUUUCCUCAGAUUUUUUAUUCUCUUUCAGCUUUUAAGAGCUGACUUAACUAAGCGAAUCAAGAAGCAUUUUUGACUAGAGAAUUGACUCAAAAAUUUUGACGCAAACGGAAAAUUUUUAUACUCGUUUCAAGUAGAAGAACAUUUCGUCCAAGAAUUCGUGAAGAACUGAGAAUAUUUCUUGCCAACUCAACAUCUCUAUUAUCUGUUAUUCUUCAGGAACUGACUUAAUUAAAAGAGCCUGAACUGAAUUUAAACUAAAAAUUUAAUGUCAAAAUUUUUAGAUUAAAACGUUAAAUCUUCACCCUCAUUUCAAGAAGAAUUCCAUAAAGAUUUCAAAUAGAAUGGCAGCUUAUUUUCCCUCUAAACUUAGAAUCUCAGCCCUACCAAUUGUCAAAGCCUUAGAAAUUAAAAGAAUUAACAAUAUUACCAUUAUCUCUGGAUUUGAAGCAGAAUUAAUAAAUCUAUUGUCAAGUAAACUUAAUUUCGAAUAUGAAAUUCUUGUUCCCUCAGACUCAUCGUACGGUUCAAAUGAUACAUUCGGAAACUGGACUGGAAUGAUGGGAAUGCUCGCAAGGAAUGAAGCUGACAUGGCAUUCUCCUUAAUGGGUAUCACCGAAGAAAGGUCAACUGUUGUGGACUUCAGCAUGCCUUACCUACCUCUCGACAAAACAUUUCUGAUGCACCAUGCUUCAUUCUUGCCAAAAACAUCAGCAUUCACGUAUCCUUUCAGCAGGCUUGUAUGGUGUUUAUUCUUUAUCGUACUGCUCUUAGUAACAGUGCUAUUUCGAACUUUGAUUUCCCCAAGAGAUUCUAUUUGCUCCGUUUUCAUAAAUUUGUGGGCAUCGUCUUUCGGACAAGGAAUGAACUACAACCCUCGUUCAAUUUCCAGGCGGAUACCACUAGGAAUUUGGCUUAUAUAUUCAUAUCUGAUAACUCUGAGUUACAGCUCAGUCCUGUUAUCGUUUUUGACAUCCCCGAUUAGAAUGAAGCAAAUAAAAGAUUUCAAGGAACUCUACGCUGCAGUCAGAGAGGGAAAAAUGGAGUGUCGAGCAGCAUUACCCACUCUGGAAGCAGAGUAUUUGUCAAAAAGCGAUAUACCCCAUCUCAAAGGAUUAGGAGAAUAUAUUAAAAAGAAUAAAUGGUACUACACAUCUUAUGACAGACAAAGUGUACCAAAACACGCAGCAAUGCUUGGGUCACCUUUUCUGUUUCGCUUAGUUUUUGGGUCCCCUCAAUCUUACUUUUACUCGAAGGACGCGUUUGGAUAUUUUCCGUUCGGAGUUGCAAUUAGCAAACACUUCUGUUGCAAAAAGCGUUUCAAUAAAAUAAUUCUCCGAAUUUUAAGUGGUGGCUUAUAUAAUAAAUUCAUGAGCGAUGUAUUCUUUAAAUUAGAUUUAAAGAAAAAUUUAAAUGGUGGCGUUUAUCAAAGUGCAUCAGCAUCAGCUUUAGGAUUAUCAGAUUUAAAUGGACUGUUCAUUAUUCUAGGUAUAGGCUGGGCAUUAGCUGUUUUUACUUUGAUACUGGAAAUCACCUUCAGUAGAUGGUUGUGCUCAAAACCUCUCCAAACCUAAAAUACGCGAUAUGUAAAUAACUUUUUGAUUAUACAACCUUCACUAUCACCUUUUUCCAAGGACAUUAUUAUUAUUUGAUAUAGUCAGAUGUUCUACUAUAUCGUUCAGUGAGUUUUCACUCCAUGACCAGAUUUCCGUGUUAUAACUAUUUAGAUGAGUUAACACCAUAUUGGUGGCAAGGACAGAUAGAACAGAGAGAUAAGUUACACCCAAACUCGAAGUGGGAUUGGGAUCCCGAGUCUCCAGGGUACGAGGCCAACUCCUUAACCGCCAUACAGUUGGUCAGCUUAAUUCGUCAGGUAAAUUGUCUAGUCUUUAUUCUAGGCUCAUCAUUCUAUUUAACGAUCUCUUACCAUGCAUUACGAACAAGUUUCGUCAUAUAUUUGAGAGAUCGCAUUUCAUCACAAAUCACGUGAUUUGGUGACGAAAUGAUUCUCUAAAUUAAGGAAAUACUGCUCUAGGAUUGCUGAAUCCUUAAAAGUGAGAGCUUUUUUUCUUAGAGUGUAUACUUUUUAUUCUACCUUUUUAUUCCAACUUAGUGUUAUAGCAUAGAUGCGUUUUACAAUCACAUAAUCAAAAUAUAUUUAAGCACUUAUUGACGC